UAUUUAUGCUAACUAGUUUCAAUUCUAAACUGUUAUUCCUAGAGUUCAAGUAAGUGCCAUCUUUUUUUAUCCAAUGUUACUAUACUGGAGGAAACCGAAGAUGGCAAUAUGAUUAAGGCAACUAUUUUGUUGCUCAAGAAUAUUGGCUGUUUAUAUUUGUUUUUCUUCUUAGUUUAGUGUAUAUCUGGGGCAUGGAAUGGGAAGUGUUGAGUCAGACAUUUGGUUUUGAUGUGGAAAUAAAAAUAGUUAGCGAAGUCUUUGAAGAAAAUUGUAUGUACUCGAUCACUCCAGGUUUGUAUAAAGAUUGAAAGAAGUAAGCUGUGCUGAGUGGUUAUAUUACUACCUUAAAAAAUAAGCAGAAACUCGACGUUUCGAGCGAAGUCGAGUUUCUGCUUAUUUUUUAAGGUAGUAAUAUAACCACUCAGCACAGCAUUUUCACAUUGGUACUACCCACACUGGUACAGACAGUUUUAGUAUAUAUAUGAAAGAAGUAAGCCCCUUUCUUGUUAGUCCAUGCAGUGUUGCUACCAAAAGAAGGAAAAAAAAACUAACACUAUCUAGAUACUGAUAACUUUAUAAGUUUUAAGCUUUUUUCCCUGUUCAGCCCUUGCAAGUGACGUCACAACACAUCAAUCGACGUCAUCGUUUGACUUCCACCAUUUUGAGUGGCAAAUAUUUAAAAAGAUACCCACGUAACAACGCACAAAUUGUUACAGGUCUGCAAACAAGUUGUUACAACUCUGUUCACAAGCUGUCGACAAGUUGUGUUCGCACUGCUUGUUCCCAGUUGUUGGAACAAGUUUGGAACAAGCUGUUAACAACUUGUAACACGUUUGAUGACAUCAUACUUGUGACAAGGUUGUUCCAUUGAACUAUAAAUAAAUUGGAAGGCUAACUGCUGUGAUGAAGGCCUAUGAUUUGAUGAAGCCAAAAUAGUUUUUCUGAGUUAUGAGCAGAAAUACUUGACCCCAAACGUCAAGCUAUAUAUCAAAUUGAAGCUAUUGAAAAUUGCUAUUCGGUGUGGAAAUUUCAAGACUUCAGCGAAAAGAAAAAUAUUUAAAAAAUACAAAAACAACUGCAAAACGGCAAGAUUAUCGGUAAUUAUGUUUGUAGUUUUUCAAUAUUUCCCUUUUAGCUAAAGUCUUGAAAUUUCUACACCAAAUAGCGUUUUUCAAUAGCUUCAAUUUGAUAUAUAGCCCAACGUUCAGUGUUGAGUAUUUCUGCUCAUAACUCAGAAAAACUAAAAUGCACUGGCUUCAAUUUCCCCCCCUGAGUUAGCCUUCCAGUUUAUUUAUAGUUCAAUGGGUUGUUCUAACAAAUCAGAUACAGUCAUGAUAUAACAAGAAUGUUACAAGGUUGACAAGAACAUCGGACUUGUUGGAACAAUCUUGCAACAAGUCUGAUAAUAUCAACAAGUUGUUAACAGCUUGUUUCCAAACUUGUUGACAACUUGGAAAAAGCAGUGCGAACACAACUUGUUGACGGCUUGUUGGCAGACUUGCUAUAAGAUGUGAGAUUUUUACGUGUGUACAUAAAACAUACACAGCAUGCAUUGUAUAGCCGUCAAAAUCUCACAGGUUUGCUUCGGUAUAGCUCUAGUUGACUUGCUUAAUAUACGAAUUCAGAAAGGUAAAUGCCUUGAGUGGCAUAUCUCAUUCAGGGGAGUUCCCCGGUUAACCAAACUCACAUGAUCAGACCCUAAAAGGAUUUUUCUCGUUAGAUUGUUGUGUAGAAUGUAAUGCUGCAUUGGUUGCUGAACAUUUCACUGAGGGCGAAAUGUAUGAAAAUGCCAAUAUCUAUGUGCGCAAGAUUACUGUAGAACACAGUACGGAUGAUAUACAAGCUAUUCUCGAGGUACAGUACACGGGCCUUAAGCCGGUUUUCCACUUCGCCCGUAUCGUACCGAAACGUACUGGUGAGGAUGCGCAGAUUUAAAACAGGUUUAUAAAUCGACGUACUUCCGGGUGUAUUCGCGUAUCAAAAUAAAACGUUCGUCGCAAGUCAACUUUUUGGCGUACUACGGAAGUACUAACCAAUCAACAUUCACGAAAUUUUAAAACGUUUUUGAUACGUUUCGAUACGGUACGCUUGAAGUGGAAAACCGGCUUUAUACGUCGUUGCUCAGUGGCGAAGCUAGCCAUAGCACCAGGUCGUGCUAUGCAAAUUUUUAAUGAUUUGCACGAUUCAAACCUUUAGAAAUGUCUUUAACCUAUUUAGCACAACACAGCACAGCCUGUUAACGUAGUUGAUUCAUUUUGACAUGUUUGUUACAGAGCUACAGUCCUGUGGAAAAUAGCAAUGAAGAAAACGGUCAGCUUUGCGACAAGUCAAUUCAGGUUUGGAUUUGUAUAUAAUCUAUCCAGUACAGAUUUGUCGACCUGAUUCAUCUAACCUUUAUGGUUAUUUCAGGAAGAUAGUAUACCCAUGCACAUAAUUAUAGAAUGAAAAAAAGUGAAUUAAUGAACUAUGUAAUGCCUGUAACAAAUCAAAUUCUUCAGGGAAGAGUAUACUGGCAAUUUCCUUAUAAAUUUUUUUUUAUUCAGAAACUAGGCAACUUCAAAAACAAAAAUAAAAUAAAGAUAAAAAUGAGAUAGUAACAUGACUCUAAAAUUGUCAAGCUAGACUACUGCCGUGCUUCAACGGUCGUUCUCUGGACGAUGACCAAAGCUCCACGGGCACCUCCGCCCCUCCCCCGUUUACCAGAUCUACCUUAGCCUGUGUCCCAGUCCACUUCACUGUAGUGCUAGAUCUACCUGGGUCCAUCUCUGAAAUUCUUGUCUUGAGUAAGGUACUAACGUAUCGAUCACAGCACUUGUUUGUAUUAAUGUUACUUUAAAUUUCUCUUAGUUUAUUGCAGGCAACACUCCAAGAACGGCAGGUGAUUAUAGACGGCGGAGUUCGAGGUAAGUUCAAACAAGCGCCCGCCCCCCCAAUAAUUUUGAAAGACCUAUAAAAGUCUUGUACCAAAUAUCACAAUGCACAAAGAUUGUUUAGGAGCAAGUGGCAAGCAUGCAAUCACACCCAUAUAACGUAAUUGUCAUAUUACGUAAUGACUAUUAAAUAAAACUUAAGCUAAAGUUAGCAAUGGCAUUGUACAGAAUCAUAUAUUGCUUGCUAGCCAUUGAUGCCACAACAUACACAUUUUAUACAAUCUGUUUUGUUCUGUGUAAGAUUCCUUACAGCUCUGCUGAUAAAAUAUUUUAAACAAUCAGAAUUGAUAGUUAUAACUAUACAUUAAACAACAACGCUAAUCGACAUGAUUAAUUGAUUAUCUUAGAAAAAGUAUCUAAUGUCAAUCAAAUGCCACAACUCGGGGCAAGUGAGCCAUGUUCUGAAAGAUUCGCAUAACUUAGAGCCUUAAACGGACACCGAAACCCCCUGUUGAAGCCCCUCAAUAUUUCGUGAAGUGUCCGCCACUGAUGCUGGAUCGACUUUGACUUUGCUUAAACUUUUCAUACAACAUUGUACAACGUUUGGCAAUUACUGCGGUGGUCAUUAUGCCGUUUAUGCGUGAUCCAUGGUGAAAUGAACGCAUCGUCAGUGAGUUUUCAAAUAUUCUAUCUUUCUUUCAUGUAUUUAUUUUUCUUUUAUCGACUAGACAUCGUAAACAGAGAGGCGAAGUUGUGAUAACGGUGGACUCGUCGGAGACCGUGCGCGAUAUAAAGUUAGAGGUACAUACACUAGGCCAAAAAAAUCUGGGUUUCCCGACCCUACCUAGCUUUUGGACGUCGAAAUCCCGACCCUAAACUUUUUUAUUGGAUCAUGCUUGUAAGUGUUUCCACUCGAAAAUUGAAAUUUGAGGCAAUAUUCGGGAAAUUUACCUUUGGAUGUGGAAGCACUGACUAAACAAAAUGGCGUCCGAUUGUUAGGAAAAUUUAAAAAAAGUUUAAAAAAAAAAGUUAAAACCGACCUACCCUACCUAAGUUUUUAUAAGAAGAAACCGGAAACCCACAUAUUUUUUUUUGGCCCUAUAUACUACUUGCUGCUUUUUAGAUAUUUAUAUGUUUCGUACAGUGUUCAACAUAAUUCAUAAAGCCUGGGCAGUCAAAUGUGGCACUCACGCAGUGUUACUGGGGAGAUCUCAAGCUCUAUACUUUAUAUUGAACUGCCACUGGAUUGAACCUUUAUAUUUUUCAUGUAGUUAAUGAAAUUGUUUUCCGUGAUGCCGUUGGAUCAACAUCUCAGUGUGGAUGGCAAGAAGUUAGAAGAUGAUAGUACUUUGGGCGCUGCGGGCGUGAGGCCUGGGAGUGUAUUAUUAUUGAAAGUUAGUAUUUGUAUUCCCUUUUAGGGCUAUUAAGAAGGCUGAAAUAUCACGGGAACAGUUUAAUUAAACCGUAUUGAGUCUAAAAUAUAGAUCUUGUGACUUUUUAUUAAGGUGGAUGAACCGCAGGACGGAAUCGCGCAAGAAGAACUAGCUCGAGGUAUUUUAGGGAGUGUUAAUUUUUUAUGAGCUACAUCACCCCCCUCUGGCAACAGUUCUCACAUGCCCCCCCCCCCCGCCUCAAGAAAAGACCAAAAACUUUUGUGACCCCCCCUCCCCAUUUUAAAUAAAAUACAGUAUAAGUGUAUACGAAUGUGAUUUGGUUCACAAAAUGCCAAAGAAUGCUCGAUAUCAUAUAGAUAGAGCAGAAAUAAUCGUCUCACCUCAAAAAGGUUGCAAUGAUUCCUCUUGGAUGAAACAGAGUGUUUUGGCAACCUGUUGAGGUAAGACGAGUACAAGUAUAUAAAUAUGGCAUGUACAAUAUCAGUUAAACAAUUAAAAGUCUUUAUUUCAUGACGUUAUAGCAUAAGUGCAAAACCUCCUGUAAACAUGUAGGCAUUUAAUAAUUCACAAUUUUCAUGUUCUAUAAUAACAUAUUUUAAAGAGGUCAAAACAUUGACAGAACUAAAACUUUCAUGACCCCCACCCCAAUUACUCCUCAAACUCUGGUGACCCCCCCAAAAGCAAACACCAAACUGUUUUUGCCCCCUCCUAUGAUUUUACCGCCCCCCCCCCCCAACCGUAAAUAAUGAACACCCUUAAUAUGCGAAGCAAAAACGAGUUUCAUGUACAAUAUGUUCUUCAAAUGAAAGCAAAUUAGUGGGAUUUUGUACCUGAGAUAUUGACCAUGACGAUUUUCUUUGGGGGUUUUUUUCACGAAUUUUUAAUACAGAUUACAAGGGAAACAAUUAAAAAACUAAUUUGCCUGUCUGCUUCUCGGUAAUCUGAUAGAAUGCCCAAUAACAAUUUCUCCUAUCACUGUUUACUAUAUAUUUAUGCUUUUAGCUUCAAGACAGCCUGAACAAGGUUUUAAAGGUAGGUCUCGUGUAGUUUGGUUAUAACCAGGACUGUGGUCAAAUUAAAGGACAUUGGUAAUAAAAAAUUAGUUCAGUUCUUUUGAAAGAACUCUUAAAACUAUAUAUUAAACUCUAUUACAGAUUGUUGAUAUCUUGCUUAAUUUUCAAAAUAUUUCGACUGAAAAAAGUGAAGCUGUUCGCCAUCUUGGAUUAUUGAGGAUAUUCAUGUUACGUCAAGAGAGGGGUCACGCUAAUUUUUUAUCUUGAGUGUAAACGAUCAAUAUGGGUCCAAAACUUCGUUUCUGGUUGCUGUCUGAAAUUUAGAAAUUAUUAAAAACAUUUCAAACAAUUUUGGAUUGUUACUCGGUCAUUUUAGAGUAGUUUUAUAAUUUAUAUGGUUAACCCAACUCCUGACGUCAUCAAAACCAUAGUUAAUGAGGUCAAGAAUUUGUCCAAGAUGGCGGACAUUAAUUUCGGUCUAAAUAUUUCGAGAAUUAAGUAAGAUAUGAUAAAUCGGUAAAAGAGUUUAAUAUAUAAUUUUAAGAGUUCUUUUGAAUGAGACAAACUAAUUUUAUAUUGCCAAUGUCUUUUAACCAGAAUAUUUAACCACGAACAUUAAAGGGGAAGUCAAGUCCGUAAUGUAAACAAACGGUUUGUUUACAUUUUGAGCUGCUGUAUUUUUUAAAAUAUGAUGUACUGUCUGAAUAUCUAACACUAUUUUGGUUCGCUAUGCUUCUAAAUGAAUAUGAAAUAGAGUUUAUGUUCAGAAAAAUUCGAAACAUUCGAAAUUUGGACAAUUUUCACAUUAGAGGUCCUCACAUUGUUAUGAGCAGAACCGAUGCGCAGAACGGACUUGACUUCAACUUUAAGUAACCUCAAACAGUGUUUUUAACCAUGAGGGUGUUUUUAGAGUGUAUUAGUUAAGUACUCGACAGUUGUUUUACAUAUUUUGUCUUUUCCUUGCCUCUAGGGACAAGUUUGUUGAAGCAUCCAUUGACAAUAUAGUUUUCAAAUACUUUGAACGAAAUUCAACGUUCCAUCCUGGCGAAUAAUUUGCAAAUAAGAUCUAGCAAUCUCUAAAAAAUUUGUAUACCAUGCAUACUUCACAGUAUAUAGCUAUGUUAUGUUUUGCUGUUCAAAUAUUGCUUAAAAUUUAGCAGACAGCUGCAUAAUCCCCUGUAUUAACGUCUCAGCGUAACAUCCCAAAUGCUGAUACUGAUUGUAAUUAUAGUUGGUUGUUAUUUAUCUAUAAUGCUAUAUUCUUCAAUUGUUGUAUAUUGUAUAUAACAUAUAUAGUUAUAAGUAUAUAUAACUUAUGAACGAGAUGCUAAUUGAAAAAUGAAAUGUUUUAUGAAAAUAUAUAACUGUAUGUAUAAGACACUUUAAAGAUAGUUACAAAGCUAGUUUUCUAGACGAACUGUUCCAGUUAACAGAUAAUGUACAUUUCUCAUGAAUUAAAGAUAACUUAUACCUCACGUUGAAAUUGUGGCAUGUUUAAUUAGCUAUUUCUACAAUAUCAUGUAAAUCUGAAAUGUGUCGAAUUCUCUAUCUAUUCAGCC